GGUUGAGAAAGAGCAUAAGAAAACCCCACGUUGUAGUGAGGUUGAGGGGAAAAACAAUGGGGUCUCUGAUGGCCUCCUCCGCCACACUCACUCUGCUAUUGGCAUUACUGUCUUUAACCUUCCCGUCUCAAAUCUCAGCUGAUAACUACUUGUACUCAUCACCUCCACCACCAAAAAAGCCAUACUACUACCACUCUCCCCCACCACCUUCACCUCCUCCACCCAAGCCAUAUUACUACCAUUCUCCUCCACCACCUUCCCCACCUCCACCUAAGCCAUACUACUACCACUCACCACCACCACCACCACCCAAAAAGAAGCCGUACUACUACCACUCUCCACCUCCACCUUCACCACCUCCACCGAAGCCAUACUACUAUCACUCACCACCACCUCCUUCACCACCUCCACCAAAGCCAUACUACUAUCACUCACCACCACCACCACCCAAGAAGAAGCCAUACUACUAUCACUCUCCCCCACCACCUUCACCACCUCCACCUAAGCCAUACUACUAUCACUCACCACCACCUCCUUCACCACCUCCACCUAAACCAUACUACUAUCACUCACCACCACCACCACCCAAGAAGAAGCCAUACUACUAUCACUCUCCCCCACCACCUUCACCACCUCCACCUAAGCCAUACUACUAUCACUCACCACCACCUCCUUCACCACCUCCACCUAAACCAUACUACUAUCACUCACCACCACCACCACCCAAGAAGAAGCCAUACUACUAUCACUCUCCCCCACCACCUUCACCACCUCCACCUAAGCCAUACUACUAUCACUCACCACCACCUCCUUCACCACCUCCACCUAAACCAUACUACUAUCACUCACCACCACCACCACCCAAGAAGAAGCCAUACUACUAUCACUCUCCCCCACCACCUUCACCACCUCCACCUAAGCCAUACUACUAUCACUCACCACCACCUCCUUCACCACCUCCACCUAAACCAUACUACUAUCACUCACCACCACCACCACCCAAGAAGAAGCCAUACUACUAUCACUCUCCCCCACCACCUUCACCACCUCCACCUAAGCCAUACUACUAUCACUCACCACCACCUCCUUCACCACCUCCACCUAAACCAUACUACUAUCACUCACCACCACCACCACCCAAGAAGAAGCCAUACUACUAUCACUCUCCCCCACCACCUUCACCACCUCCACCUAAGCCAUACUACUAUCACUCACCACCACCUCCUUCACCACCUCCACCUAAACCAUACUACUAUCACUCACCACCACCACCACCCAAGAAGAAGCCAUACUACUAUCACUCUCCCCCACCACCUUCACCACCUCCACCUAAGCCAUACUACUAUCACUCACCACCACCUCCUUCACCACCUCCACCUAAACCAUACUACUAUCACUCACCACCACCACCACCCAAGAAGAAGCCAUACUAC